UGACAGGAACGCAGGCCGCCGACUUGUUAUUCCACCAACAAGAAAUAAGACCUGCCAAGGGGGCGGCCUUGACGAGAAUGGUGUGGAUCUACAACUAUCUUUUUCUUUUUGUUUUCCACAUCAAACAUUUUGAGAAUCGACACAGAUCAGGCACCGAUCUGUCCAACAACAAUGUGAAAAAAAUGGAUCCGUGUGGGUAGUCUCGAGCUGGUAGCGACGAGGCUAAACUACCCUCAAGUGCAGCGAUAAUAUACAGAAAAUCUUGGCAUUUCCAAGAUGUGGUCACUCGUUCUCCAGAUAUAUUAACAGCGAGGCGCCACCUCUGGGAUGGGCAUUGGAUCCUCAGAGAUUCACCCCCUUAUCCCCAGCGCCUCCGCCCUACUCUCUCCGGCUUCCCCGCUAGGCUUACCGAUCUGACAAACUCUGCACCAUGGUGUCCCUCACCCUAGCCAUCCUGUCCCUCGCGGCGGGAGCCCUGGGCGCAUCCAGGACCAGCGCGCCCUCGGGCUGCAUCACGGUCAAGUCGGGCGCCAGCAUCCAGCAGGCGGUCAACUCGCUGUCGACGACCGCCUCCGGCACCCAGUGCAUCUUCCUGGAGCGCGGCACGUACCGGGAGCAGGUGCUCGUGCCCGCGCGCAAGGCCCAGCUGACCAUCUACGGCUACUCGACCGACACGCUGAGCCACAACGCCAACGGCGCGCUCAUCACGCAGCGCAAGUCGCAAAAGGACGGCCUGUCCAACGACGAGACGGCCACGCUGCGCGUCAAGGCGGCCAACUUUAGGCUCUACAACGUCAACGUCGACAACGCCUACGGCGAGGGCAGCCAGGCCGUCGCCCUGAGCGCCUACGCCGACAGCGGCUACUACGGCUGCCGCUUCACCGGCUUCCAGGACACCGUGCUGGCCAACCAGGGCAAGCAGCUGUACGCGAGGUGCCUGGUCCAGGGCGCCACCGACUUUGUCUUUGGGCAGUACGCCGCCGCGUGGUUCGAGAAGAACGACGUUAGGGUUCUGGGCAAGUCUCUUGGGUACAUUACUGCAAACGGCCGUCUCGACAACAGCAACCCGUCCUACUACGUCUUCAACAACUGCAACGUCGCCGCUGCGUCGGGCCAAAGCGUUCCCCGGGGUGCCUACUACCUCGGCCGGCCGUGGCGCGAGUUUGCACGCGUCGUGUUCCAAAAUACCGCCAUGACCGAGGUCAUCAACUCGGCGGGAUGGAAGACGUGGAACACGGGCGACGAGCGCAUCAGCAACGUCCUGUUUGGCGAGUACGCUAACUCGGGCGCCGGGUCGCAGGGUCAGCGCGCGUCUUUUUCCAAGAAGCUGGGGUCGGCCGUCGGCAUCGACUCGAUUCUGGGCAGCGGCCACCGCAGCGCAGCCUUCUAUGACGGUUCUUAUAUGUAA